AGCGUUGUAGCCUAUGAGCAACCAGGAGGACACACACUUGGACGACUGGAUCUUGCAAUCAGCUAGACGCCCGAUAGCCCACGUGUCCCUAGGACCGGAGGGUGAUAGGAUUCUGUUCCGCCAGCUCAGCAGCAGAGGAGAGAUAGAGCAGCCGAGGCCAGCAGGGCUUUAGUUAGCGAGGCCGGUGCUACAGCAGCCAUGGCUACUUCCGCCAUGGUCACUUCUGCGCAGCAGACUUCCCAAGCCAGCAGUUCAGGUGCCGUCGGGUCAACCGUCGCGCAGACCGUGAGUCAGUCCACUGACGUUAUGGCAAGCCAGGCAGCAGUGUUGACUCCAGAGGAUGUCGCCAUCCAGCAGGCAGUCCUGCAGGAGGCACAACUACAACGGGCAUUAGGAGAGAUAAAAGCGGAGAAGGCGAAGAUGAUCAGAAGAAGAGCUAGGAUGCAACGGAGGGGGGCAGACAUAGAGGAGUUAGAGACGAUGGACCUGACAAACAUGGAUGAUGAUGUGAGGGUAGUUAGGAGAGCCCUGCUAGGCGUAAUAGAGAUGCAGGAGCAUCAAACUACCAUCCUUCAGGAUAUCCAACAGAGCCUAGCCGUUUUGGCAGGCUGUGCUCAGGCAGCACCAUCACCAGUCGGGCCUGGUGCCUGGCCCGUGCCAUAUCCUCCUUUUUCUGUCCUACCGGUGACAGGGGUAUCCCCAUACGUAACCCCGUCAUCGGUUGCUAUCGUUUCCCUGGGCAUGCCGUUGUCAGGAGGGGUAACAACAGGGAGUAGUUUGCAGAUUCCUGUACAGACAGUGUACACCCAAACUCCGUCGCAGGUUGCAGUCACCACGCAGCCUGCUGUCUCGCAGCCUGUGCAGCCUCAGGGCACGCAGCCCCAGCAGCUAGCACAACAACCUGUGUCACCGGGUCCACAGCCCGGAGUGGUGCAGGAAUCGGGACAAACUCAGUGGGUUCCAAAGACGGCAAUCACCGCUCCCAAACCUUUUACAGGGGAUAAGAGGGGCGAGGACCUCGACACGUGGUUGAGGGCAGUGCCGGUCUACGUCAGGUGUAAACUCACCUUGCUGCACGAAGAAGUGCUUGUGGUUGCUUCCUAUCUAGAGGGUAGUGCAGCAAGAUGGUUGAGUGGUUUAGUACAACUCCAGGGAUAUGGUCAUGACUUCCGCGCUUGGGCGGCCUCCCAGAAAUUGGAGGACUUCCUGAAGAUGGUGGAAGAAAGGUGGCAUGAUACUCAGGAGGCCCAAAGGGCCACUGAUGCGAUCCUGACACUGCACACAAGGCAGUUUAAGUCAGUAAGGGAAGCCACCGACGCUGUUGAGCGUCUGAUCUGUGUCCCAGGGGUGCGCUAUGACCCCCGGGUCCUGUUGACUUCGUACUUGAGAUGUUUUUCUCAGCCUCUCAGGAACCAGUUGGCAAAAAAGGCCAAUAUCAAUAUGCACAACUUCCCUUCGUUCAGCAAGGUGGCCCUAGACCUUGAAGCUAAGAUAGGGCAUGGACAUGCACCCACUACGGAUGGGAGGAAGAAGACACUGCCUCCUAACUGGAAGGCGAAAGGUCGCUUGAUGUUUGUCGACAACAAUGGUUCAACCAUCGAGGUGGAUGGCAACUUCCAGGAGGGAGUAGGUUCAGAGGCAGGCAGCAUAGAUGCUUUAGAGGGUGUGGUCGCUGCCGUAUCCCAAAAAGGGUUGAAGCCCGAUGACGCGAAGGUGGCCAGCAUUCGUGAUUGGCCACGUCCUCAGUCUGUGACUGAGAUGAGAUCUUUCUUGGGAAUGACAUGCUACUAUAGGACUUUCGUUAAGAACUAUAGCAUAGUGGCUGCUCCUUUGACUGAUCUGACCCGCCUUGACACCCCAUGGGAGUGGACAGAUGAGUGCGAGGCUGCUUUCAGACAUCUGAAGCAUGUGUUGACGCACUACGAGGUCUUGAAACUUCCUGAUCCUGACAAACCGUUCAUAGUCACCACGGACGCCAGCCAAUACGGCAUUGGCGCCGUGCUCGCACAGCAGGAGGGGCCAAAGUUGAGCCCAGUCGAGUACAUGUCGAAAAAGAUGCCGUCUCAGAAGUUAGCAAAAUCCACGUAUGAGAAGGAACUCUACGCCGUGUACAAGGCUCUGACCCAUUGGAGACAUUAUCUCCUUGGGAGAUUUUUCAUCCUCAGGACUGGUCAUCAGACCCUGAGAUGGAUGAGAACUCAGCCCGUACUUUUUGACGCUUUGAAGCGUUGGAUUGAAGUCAUUGAGCAGGAUGACUUCGACCCCCAGUAUCUUAAAGGGGAGUACAACAAGGUGGCUGAUGCCUUGUCGCGUAGACCUGACUUUUCAGGUACGCUGAUUAUUGAGUUUGAUCUCACGAACGAUGUUACUCGCUCUUUGGUGGAUGCCUAUCGCGAGGAUCAGUUCAUGUUUGAGAUCAUACGCAGACUCGAGGCGAAGGACAACAAGACUUCAGCCGAGUUUGAGUUGGUCAACGACUUGCUGUUUCUUGAGAAGGCCGGUAAUAAACGCUUGUGCGUCCCAAGUAGAGAGUCUUUGCGUAGUUUGUUUUUAGGAGAGUGUCAUGAUGCCACCGACCAUUUUGGGUACAAGAAGACCGCAGCCAAACUGCUGCAGCGGUUCUGGUGGCCCACGAUGAUGCGAGACGCCUAGCUGUACGUGGAGACUUGUCAGGUGGCGGAGGACCAAACAAUCAUGGACAGAGGAUGUCGACCAACAAAGGAAGGCGAGACUA